AUGACUCCUCCUGAGAUCGGUCUCGAUGUGCCAUACACGUUUGGUCUCAUAGGUGAUCUUGGUCAGAGUUAUGAUUCAAACAAGACACUUUCUCACUAUGAAUUGAAUCCGAAAAACGGGCAAACAGUGUUGUUUGUCGGAGAUCUCUCUUAUGCAGAAAACUUCCCGUACGAUGUCAAUCUUAGGCGGGAUACUUGGGGAAGGUUUGUCGAAAGGAGCGUGGCUUAUCAACCUUGGAUAUGGACAGUAGGAAACCAUGAAAUUGAUUUCGCACCAGAAAUCGGCGAAACUGAACCUUUCAAACCUUAUUCGAACAGAUACUAUACUCCUUAUAAAGCAUCACAGAGUACUUCCCCUUUUUGGUAUUCUAUCAAAAGAGCUUCAGCACAUAUCAUUGUGUUGGCCUCGUAUUCUGCAUACGGAAAAUACACACCGCAGAACCAAUGGUUCGAACAGGAGCUACUGAAAGUUAACAGAACAGAAACUCCUUGGUUGAUUGUUGUAAUGCAUGCACCUUGGUACAACAGCUACAAUUAUCAUUACAUGGAAGGGGAAACAAUGAGAGUAAUGUAUGAGCCAUGGUUUGUUGAGUACAAGGUUGAUGUUGUGUUUGCUGGACAUGUGCAUGCAUACGAAAGAACGGAACGUGUGUCGAAUAUUGCAUAUAAUGUUGUAAAUGGUAUAUGCACUCCUGUGAAAGAUCUAUCGGCUCCGGUAUACAUAACCAUCGGAGAUGGCGGGAAUGUGGGACGGUUAGCAACCAACAUGACAGAACCACAGCCGGAAUACUCGGCAUUCAGAGAGUCUAGCUUUGGACAUGCCAUUUUCGACAUAAAGAACAGAACACAUGCUCAUUUUAGCUGGCAUAGAAAUCAGGAUGGUUAUUCUGUUGAGGCUGAUUCCCUUUGGCUUUUUAACAGAUUUUGGCACCCACUUGAUGAUUCCACACCUCAUGUUUCCCAUUGA